UUGAAACAGAACAAUAUAAAAGACAAAGUACAGUGCAUUCUAAUUUAUUUUAAUAAGUUGAAGUCUUACAUUGCAGUUUGAUUAUAGUGAGUGCGUGUUUAAGCACUGUCCUGUACUGCACACGUGUCUCUGUACUGUACACACACACAGCAGCAGCAGCAUGAGUGUGUGUGGAGCUGCUCGGUGCCGCGGUGCCGUGAGGAGCAUCCUUCAGCAGAACCGAGCCGUCUGCAGCCACACGAGCGGAUCUGCUGUUGAGGGAAUCCGGGAAAAGCUGCAGGCUUUCUCGGGAGGAUCCGUAGAGCUCCAGAAGCAGCGGGACUCGGGCGUUGCGCUGCUCACUCUCAACAAUCCAGCGCGCAUGAACGCCUUCUCAGGCAGCAUGAUGCUUGAACUGGAGCAGCGGGUGCGUGAGCUGGAGACCUGGACAGAAGGGAAAGCUGUGAUUGUGCAGGGAGCUGCUGGAACCUUCUGCUCUGGAUCUGACCUCAAUGCAGUCAGAGCCAUAGCAAACCCACACGAUGGCAUGAAGAUGUGCGAGUUCAUGCAGAACACUCUCACAAGACUCCUCAGGUUGGUCUUUCUGAAGAAAAGCAGAUCAGAGCCAUCGAGACACCAGGGGCUGCCGCUCAUCUCAGUGGCACUGGUGGAGGGAAGAGCGCUGGGUGGAGGAGCAGAGCUCACCACUGCCUGCGACUUCAGGUUGAUGACGUCUGAUGGUGUUAUCCAGUUUGUCCAUAAGCACAUGGGUUUGGUACCUGGAUGGGGAGGAGCUGCAAGACUAGUUCGUAUUGUUGGCAGCCAGAAUGCCCUGAAACUGUUGAGCGGCGCUAAAAAAGUUGAUCCAGACUUUGGAAAACAGAUGGGACUGGUUGAUGAGGUGCUCCAUUGCUCUUCUGGCGAGGGAAAUGCACUGGCUCACGCCGAGCAGUGGCUGAGUCCGUUCAUUAAGGGCCCGGCCCCAGUGAUCCAGGCGGUGAAGAGGGUUGUUGUCUCAGGAAGAGAGCUUCCCCUGGCCGAAGCCCUUCAAACGGAGAGAAGUGUGUUUGGGACAGUAUGGGGCGGCCCGGCCAAUCUCAAGGCUCUGGCUUUAAAACCUAAACAUAAGUGACUGCAAUCAUCAUCGCUGCACAACAUUAAAACUGUUUCAAAUAUGCUUGAAGAACUUUAUAUUUUCAGAUCAGUAGAAGUAACAGAAAACUUCCUGGAUUGCUUUGCGGAGUUCAUAUCAACUUGCGCAUGUAUGCAUUAGUAUAUUAAUAUCUGAGUGCUGUAUCUUUCAAAGUUUUGUGAUUGCAAGAAUCUAUGCACAUUAAUGCAGUCCUUUAUAGUAGUGUACACUUUUGUCUUUUUCUGCAUAAAUGAUAAACCUGAGGGGAAAAUAAAGCAGUAUCGGCUAAUUAAAAUCCAUGAAUCCAGGGUGAAUCAAACACAAUGUUCACAUUUUGAAUUGUCCUGCAUCACCAUGUCUCAUUGUGGACAUAUAAAAAAAUCAC